AUGAGUAAUUCAAGAAAACUCAGAAGUGAUAUGUGGAGAUAUUUUACAUAUGUUGAUGAGCAUUAUGCAAAAUGUGACAUAUGUAAAACUAAAAUUUCUCAUAAGACAACUAUGUCAAAUUUAAAAAAGCACAUUGAAAGAAAACAUCCUUUAAUAAAUUUACAACCUGAAGUAGAUGAUGAAAUAAACCAACCAAGUACUUCAAAUAGUGCACAAGCUACUACUCUAGGAUUACAAUCCAAGUCAACUGUAAGUCUACGUCAAGUAAAUCCUUCUACAUUAAUUGUGGAAGAAAAUGUUGACAACCCUUCCUCUGAAACCGUAGAGUCUUCAAAUCAUAUAGUUAAAAAACGUAAAACAACAAAUACUUUGCUAAAUUAUAUACCAAGAAAAAUGACCAAUACAUAUCAAAGUCAGUUGGAUGAUAGUUUAUUAAAAUUAAUAUAUUUAGAUUGUCAGCCUUUUAGUUUAACUGAAAAUAAAGGGUUUAAACAAUUUGUUCAUUUGUUAAACCCUGCUUAUAAAAUACCAAGUAGGCAUAAGCUAUCAAAAACCUCACUGCCUUUUGCUUAUGAAAAGUUAUUUAAUGAAACCAAAAUAAAAGUUCAGGAAGAAGCCUUAUCGGUUUGCUUGACCACUGACUGCUGGACUUCUAUAAACAAUACUAGUUUUUUAGCUGUUACUGCUCAUUAUGUCGAUCCGAAUUUCAAUUUAAAAUCAGUAUUACUUCAAUGUGCUCCUUUUACUGAAAAACACACAAGUUUGAACUUAAGCAUAAUUAUCCAAUCAAUUAUUGAAGAAUGGCAAAUAAAGGAUAAAAUUGUACUUGUAGUGUCUGAUAAUGCUGCUAAUAUAAAGGGUGCAAUAAGUUCACUAGAGUUGAAACAUUUUGGGUGCUUUGCCCACAGCUUAAAUUUGAUUGUGCAAGAAGCAUUGAAAACACAAUCAAAUUUAAUAAAUACUGUGAAGACGAUUGUCGGGCAUUUUAAGCGAAGUUCAAAUGCUAACCACCAACUAAUGCUUUACCAGGAGAACUCAGGGGCAACACCAAAAAAACUACUGCAAGAUGUAGCCACACGUUGGAAUUCCACAUUUCAUAUGUUGAAUCGGUUUGUUGAAUUGGAAACCACUGUCAAGGCAACUCUAGCAAUAUUAGAUGCAGAUUUACAUAUACUUUCAUCUGAAGAAUGGAAGAUAUGUAAAGAGUUGUGCCUUAUACUCAAACCAUUUGAUGAAGUCACAAAAUUAGUAAGUGGAGAGAACUAUAUGUGUGCUUCUAUGGUCAUUGUUUUGAGCAAAGGAUUAGCUGAUGUAUGCGAAAAAUUGAAAAAUAAGCCUUUUGAUUCUUCAGUGAUGGGAACUAUUAAAGUUCUACAAGAUGGCAUCAAUUAUCGAUUCUCUGAUUUAGAAAUGAGCAAUACCUUAAGAAUGGCAACGUUCUUGGAUCCAAAAUUCAAACAUUAUGCUUUAACCAAAUCGCUAGGAGAUCAAACAAAAACAAAAGUAAUAAACGCAGUUGCACAACAUAUAAGAAAUACCUCAAAUAAUACUGAAAUAUUACCUGCAGUUCCAGUUGAAGAAAGAGAUGAAUGUUGUAUUUGGAAUAAUUUUGAUUCAAUGACUUCAGCAAUAACACCUCAGGGAACAAAUACGUCAAAAGCGAUCAUUGAAGUAAAUAGGUACAUUGAUGACAACAUAUUACCACGAACAAGUGAUUCGUUUAGUUGGUGGAGGGAUAAUAGUUACAAUUACCCUAAUUUAAGUACAAUUGUUAGAGAAAAAUGUUGCGUAGUAGGAUCAUCUGUUCCUUGUGAACGAGUGUUCUCAAAAGCAGGUUUUGUCAUUAGUGAACGCCGUAAUCGUCUUAAACCCAAUAAAGUGAACCAAAUUUUAUUUUUGAAUCACAAUUAUAAGUUGUUUGAAAUGUGA